CUGGCAUGUGAGUAGGCAUGCAAGCAAGCUGAUCGAUUCGGCAUUGCACUUGCAUGCGAGGAGAACAACUAAAAUCAACAUGGCCGCAUGUCGUUCGUGCAGUGCUGUGUCGUUGCUUGUGUCUCUGAAUUAAAUUUUCAACAACUCAAAAAUACCAACAAAACUGCAACCAUUUCAAGAUAAAUAAAAAAAAUCAAUCCAAAACUAAUACGUAAAAAAGACGGCAAAAAAUUUUCUCAUUCAAAACACUUCUGCAAAUUUUGACUCCCAAAUUCAAAUAAUAAAAUAAACGGAAACACUGUGAAUAAAAAAAAACGGCAUUGGAACAACACUCGUAUCUGCAACGGAACUGUGAAAGAAAAAAAAAACUCGACGUGAAGCCAAAAGUAGUAUAAAAUCUAAAUCGAUAAUUUUGCCAUUGUGUGGUCCCCCCUUUGUCCUCUCAUAAAAUACAAAUCGCUAGCCCCACUGAGAAGAAAAAAAAGGUGUCGGAAAACCUCUGAAAAAAAAAAGAAAGAUUAAUCGAAAAAAGUGCACCUCGCAGAACUCUUCCCGGAAGUGUCAAAAAAAAAAACGGACUGAAGGGGAAGAUAGGAGCGUGUACGAGAUUAGAGGUUCUGAUCCCCGCUAAUCAAGCUCAGAGAGAUUUUUUUGGUUUUUUCGUUUUCAGGACACAGAGGCGCGAGAGAGAUAAAAGAUUUAAGAAAUAAUAAAAAAAAAAUAUAGUAUAUAUUAUUAAAAAAUCUACAAAGUAGAGAAAUCGUAAAUUGCAAGACUAAAUAAUUGUGUUAAUUAUACAAGAAAUAAGAAAAAAACAUAAAAAAUCUUUAUAGAAAUGAAGUAAAAAAAAAACGUGAAAUUAAAAAAAAUAAAAUAAAUAAAUAAAACAAGUGAAUAUUGGCCACAAGUGGCUCAACAACGAGUACAAUAAGUUUUUAAUUUACUAUCCAAAAAAGAAAAAAAGAUAAGAAAAACAAGAUUAAGGAAAGGAACUAUUUGUUUAACUGCUUCUUCAAAGAACUAUCAUCAAAAAAAAAAAACUUUAACUGUGAAGAUAAGCCUCAAAAAGAAAAAAAACUGUCCUAAGAGUUGAAUUUGUGAUAUUGACACCACUAAAUCACCUGUAAAACACGAAUUUAUUCCACAAAGACUCUCUCUCUCUCGGUCCUGUGCUUGAGCGGGUGGAUCCUCCGGGAUUCUUCUCGGUCCUUCUGGCCAAGAGGACAAGUACGCAAAAUUUGGAAAUCCCACAAGUUCAAACAACUCAGCACGCAUUGACGACAUUGAACUUAGAUCUUAGAUUUUUGUUUUCAUUUUCUUCAAAAAAACCAAUCCCAUCUUCAAAUCAACAAUUCCCAAAUUCGGCAGACGUCAUUUUGCAAAACCCGAAAAUUUCGUUUUUGGAAAAGCAUCAUCUAACAACAAAAAAAAAACAUUGUAGUUUAGUGAGGAAACAAAUCAACAUCCCAAGAGCAACAGAACUGUAAUAAUAUUAAAAAAAAAGAAACAAGAACUUUUCUUCAAUUCUUGACUCUACGAUUUAAAAAAAAAACUUAGUAUAGUACAGUGAAUAGUGAAAUAAAAAAAAAAACACAUUUAAGCCGAAACACCGUAAUCUAAAAAAUCUAAUAAAUAAAAAGAAAAUCAAGGAGAAACCUUAGGAUUAAAAAUAAAAAAAACACAAAUUUAAAAAAUAAAUAAAACAAGAAACUAAAAAAUAGUCAACGGAGAUAGAGUGAAGAAAAAAAGAAUAUAUAAAAAAGGAAAUAGUGAAAAAGAAAAAUUAGGAUAAUUAAAAAGUGCAAAGCAAAGACAACAGAAAUCCUUUAACCAAAAAAAGAAGAAAAGAAUAAAAAGUGAAGUGUGAAAAGGAGAAAGUAAUUUAAAAAAAAAAUCGUGUUUAGAAGUUAAGGAAACAAAAAAAACAACAAGUGAUUUCUUAAGUGACUUCUUUUUAAGAGAGACAGAAAGUGUAAAGAGAAACAAGUCGAAAGCUUUUUUUUCUUUUCGUUGACCAACGUCUAGCCAGUUUCUUCAUUCUUUUCCUUGAAAAAAAGAAUUUUUUUCAACUCGUAUUUGGGAUAAAACAAUAUAAAAAAAAUAAAUAAAAAUAAAAAAACAAAAAAUAAAUAAAGUGUGUGUUAAAAGGACUUUUGGAUGCUGUGAAAGUCACCAAAAGGACAUUCUGCAAUCAACCAAAAAAAAAUCCAAGUCAACAGUAAAGUGAAUUUUCAAAAAAAAAUAAUAAUAAUAAAAAAAACAAAUUACUCAGUCAAGUACAAAAAGAAACUAAGAAAAAAAGGAAACUAACAAGAGACUCUAAAACACACACCGCUAAAAAAGAAACAAGGUAAAGUCACAUCCCUAUACAUCUCUAUCACUUCCAAUAUAUCGUCAUUAAUUCUAUAAUUUAAAUGCUUAUAAAGAAUAUUAAAAAAAAAAACCUACCAGUAAAAGUGUGAACCAAUAACAAACUAGCGAUUAAAAAAAUAAAAUUUAGCUUAAAAACACAGGAGAGACAUUUGCAUUGAAGAGUAACGUGAAGACAGAAAAGAAGUAAAAAAAAAAGAAAUUUUUAAAAAACAAAAAGAAAAAAAACAGUUCUGUGAUAUAUAUUAAUAAUUGUAUGAUAUAUAUAAAUACAUGUUAUCGGUUGAGUCUUUUCUAAACUAAAAGAAGAAACAAACAAGUGAAAAAAACUGAAAGAAAUGAACUCUAGAGGACUUUACAAAAUAAUUAAAAAAUAAAACAUAACUUUAUUAAAUAUUGAAAAAAUAAAGAAAAUCCAAGUGAAAACAUUGGAAAGACUCUGAACACAAUAUUCUUUUUUGCUCGUGAAAAUAUGUAACAGAAAACUUUAAGUGUUCGCCUGAAAACCACUUUUUUUUCUUUUGUAAGUCAUAUUUGAAAAAAUUAUUAUUUUUUUUUAAGUGUUAGCUUUUUUUCUUUAAAAAUCUACUUUUGAAUAUCAAAAAAGAACUAUUCGGUGUAUUUUGCGGCCAAAAGUGUUGCGCCGUUCUAUCGGGGAACACAAAAAACAAAACGAAAUUACAACAAAACCUUAUGAAUUAAAAAAAAAAAUCUUGAGAUAAAACUCCUUUCUUUUGGACAAUAUUUUUUCCUUCUAUUGAUAAAAAAAACAAAUUAAAUAAAGUGUAAAAAAAAGCCACAAAAGUUGAAGAAGACACAGUGGGAAUUAAAAGUAAUAAAGAAAAAAGAGAAUUAAAUAUUGUGAAAAAAAACAAGAAUUAAAAAAAAUAUAGUGAAUAGAAUAAAAAAGGAAAAAUAACUAGUUAUAGAACAAUUAAAAAAAAGAAUUAUUGUGAAUUGAAAAGACUUGAAAAAAAGUGAUAAAAGUGAAAGUGAAGUGAAAGACAAACAAAAGUUUCCUGAUUCCUUUGGAUGAGACAAGAGACAUGUCGAAGAAUUUUAUUGACAUCAACAAUUCCCUGGUACUGGGUGGCGGUGGUGGAGUUGGCAUUGGGCUUCAGUCACCGGAACUGCAGCUCCUUUCGGGGGGCAUGAAUGGAAGUGCCACGGAUCAUAUGAAUUUACUGAACCUCAAGAUACCCAAACAUGCUACCCAAGCCCCAGCCCUAGCCCUCAAGUCUCCCCUUACCGCUCCCGGAAUACGUCCGGGCAUUGGAAAAGCCUCAGAUGCAGACUAUCGCAAUUGGAUGGGAGCAAUGCAGCAGCAGCAGCAGCCAACGGGAAGGUCAAUUGUCAAGCAAAAUAGCCAUUUGAGUGAUGGAAGUGGCAUGGAUUUCCUGUCCCAUCGCACUGCCACGGAUUUCUCCUCAGGAGAUGUCCAUAGAUUUGGCAGUGGUGGCGGUGGUCCUGGAAAUUCCAUGGAUGGUCAAGCCAAUCACCAUUUUCGCAAUGGUGGAGACACCUAUGGCCAGCAAAAUGACUUUGGCGGGGACUUUUCCACGUCAAGGGACAUUUUUGCCCAGGCUGCAAGGAGUGCAACCAAUGCAGCUGCUGCUGCAGCAGCUGCCAAUGCCUUCCCGCCCAUUGGCACCUUUACGCUGGAGAGUGUCUCUCCGGGGUAUGGAAUGGGCGAUGGUGGCAGUGGCAGUGGACCAGCUCAAACCAGCAGCAUGGGUAUCUUCAAUCCAGGAGGGAAUAGUGGACCAAUGAUGAAUGGAUGCACUCCGCAGACGUACGGCAACAACAAUGGAGGAGAUGUCAACCAGGGAAUCAGAGAGACGGGCAUCAUUGAAAAGCUUCUGCACUCGUAUGGAUUCAUCCAGUGUUGCGAGAGGCAGGCUCGUCUCUUCUUCCAUUUUUCGCAAUUCAGUGGAAAUAUUGAACAUCUGAAGAUUGGAGAUCCUGUGGAAUUUGAGAUGACCUAUGAUCGUCGCACGGGAAAGCCCAUUGCUAGCCUGGUGACGAAGAUUGCGCCCGAGGUGGUGCUUUCGGAGGAACGUGUCACGGGGACAGUGACGACUGAGAUAAAGUCAGAUGGGAGUAGCAAUGGAUCGGGAAAUUCGAGUGAGACAACUGGACGAAUUAGCUAUGAGAAUAGCGGUGAAUGCUUCUUUCUGCCAUACACCAAAGAUGACGUCGAGGGCAAUGUGACUCUGCAUUCUGGUGACAAAGUCAGCUUUCAGAUAGCCACAAAUCAGCGUGGGAAUUUGGGAGCGUGCCACAUUCGGCUGGAAAAUCCGGUGCAUCCGGUGAAAUAUCGUGGAGUUGUUUGUUCAAUGAAGGAAUCCUUUGGCUUCAUUGAGCGUGCUGAUGUUGUCAAGGAGAUCUUCUUUCACUUCUCAGAAGCCGAUGAGACUGUGGAACUGCGUCCUGGUGAUGAUGUCGAGUUUAUCAUUCAGACCAGAAAUGGCAAGGAAGUGGCUUGCAAUAUAACACGCUUGCCUCCGGGAUCGGUGAUUUUUGAAGAUGUGGGCACUCAUGUCUACAAGGGGCAGGUGCUGAAGCCACUGGACAGGAAUAAUCCACUGAGGCACAAUAAUGAUCCAUUGCCUGGGAGAAUUCGUUUCCGGGCACCGGAUCAUUCAGAGGUGGAAGUGCCAUUUGGGGAUAAGGAUCAGAAGGGUGACUUUACGCUGCGUCAUGGGGAUUGGGUGCAAUUCCUUCUGGCCACAGAUCGACGGGAUCAACUGCAACGGGCCACGGCCAUUUCGCUGCUCGAUGAAACUUUUGAGGUGUCCGGAGAGAAGAGGGAGCAAGGCGUUGUGGCAGCACUGAAAGAAGGAUUUGGCUUUUUGCGCUGCGUCGAGCGCAAUACUCGUCUCUUUUUCCACUUCACCGAAGUCCUGGAUACACUGCGUGAGAUCUGUGUGGGUGAUGAAGUUGAGUUCACCAUGAUUCAAGAUCCGAAUUCCAGCUUUGCAAAUACUCGCCAGAGUGCAAUUCGCAUUAAACACCUGCCCGAGGGUACGGUGCAGUUUGAGACGCUGAUUGAGAGCAAUAUUGAGGGUAUGGUGACACGUGAGGCUCCAAAGAGUCCCAUUAAGUCUCAGGAACGCACCGAGGGUGGUGUUAUAAGCUAUGGGGCAGUUGGAAAUAAGAAAACAAUCAUGUACUUUCUGCGAGACUGCGACAAACCACCGAGAAUUGGGGAUCAUGUGCGAUUUAAUAUUUGCCAAGUGAAGCGCAAUAAGGAGUUGAUUGCUGUUGAUAUUAAGGAAAUUGUUCCCAAUUCCAUCAAUUCAGUCAGUGGAGGUGGUGGUGGUUCAUCAACCGGCAGUAUCUCUAUCAUCACAUCGAUGCAGCAGAAUACAAUAGCCAAUGGGAGUCAGAUGAAUGUCCUUGCCAAUAAUGCCCAGAAAUUGAGUCCAAAUAGCUCAGCUAAGAACAACAACAAUGGCAAUGGAACUAAACCGGCUGUCUUCUAUGGAUUUAUCGCGGUUCUCAAGGAGAAUUUUGGGUUUAUCGAGACUCUGGAUCACGAUGAGGAAGUCUUUUUCCACUUUAGCAAUUUCUACGGCAACACCAACAAUUUGGAGUUGGGCCAGGAGGUGGAGUACAGUCUGUCGACACGUGGCUCAACCCCAAGCGGUGGAAAUUGUCUGCCGGCUGAGAAUGUGAAGAUUGUGCCCAAGGGUACGAUAAAUCAGCCCAAAAUUCACGAUGGAAUCUACAAUGGGGUGGUUUCUCGGCCGCUCAGGUGCAUUAAUCCCGAUCAGGCGGAGUAUUGUGGUGUCAUAAAUUUGAUUAGUGAUGCUGGUGAAGUGGUGUCCACACAUGAAUUUGGCAUCACGAGCCUCGUCAAUAAGCGCGAUUUGCUGCAGAAGAACGAUGCUGUGUCAUUUAAGCUGGACGCCAGGGGACGCGCAGCUGAGGUGGUUGCUGUUAGGCAGAAGAAGCGCGCCAAUGUAGAUUCAAUUAAGGGUCAAUUUGGUUUUCUGGACUUUGAAGUGGAGGAGGGCAAGAAGCUAUUUUUCCACAUGUCCGAGGUUCAGGGGAAUUCCAAUAGUCUCCAUCAGGGUGACACUGUUGAAUUUUCCAUUGUCACCAAUCAGCGAAAUGGAAAAUCAUCCGCUUGCAAUGUGGUAAAAGUUGUGGACAACACACAGGCACGUCCAGAGAGACUUCUGUCACGGCUCAAGAUCAAUUCAGUGGAUGAGAGUGUUCCGCGUCUCAUGGUGAUUCGACCGCCAAAGGGCCCAGAUGGUACCAAGGGAUUUGCACUUCAUCAUCGGAAUCCGAGGAUUGCAGGAAUAUUUGUGGAAUAAGCUUUUCUGAGCGUUGUGUGACAUCAAGAGAAAGAGAGAGAGAUAACGACGGGGAGUGAUAGGAAAGCUUAGAAGCGAUUUAUGAUUUUUGAUUAAUUUUUUGCUUUCAAAUUUUUGAAUUUAAUCGGGGGAGAGUUGAAGAAGAAUCGGGAAUUAUUCCUCCGAAAAAAAAAUAUCAAAUUUUAAUUUGCUUUAAAAGAAAACGCGUAUAAUGAGAUAGAAGUAUAAUGAAAAAAAAGACACCUGUAAAUGCAUCCUUGAAAUAUUUAAAAAAAAAAAAAUCUUGAGCAUUUCAAAAAAACCAGAAAAAAAAUCCUAGUAAAAUCCUACUUAAUUUCUUCUCGUCUAAAAUAGAGAGCUGAGAAUCAAGGUAGAAUUUUUCAAAUUUCUUGAAAAAAAAGAAUAAAAGAAAUAAAGGUAUUAGUGAAUGGGAAAUUAAAAAAAUAAAAUUUAAUCCACUUCCUAACUUACUUACACUUUUAAAAUGAUGAAAUGUGCGCGGAAAAAUGAAGAAAAAUUCAAGAAUUUUGAAAUUAUGAAUAAAUUGAAGUAGAUGAAGAGUUAAACAAGAAAAAAAAAACAUAAUGCAACAGGAACGUAAAUGACUUAUUCAAACUUUACACAUUAAAAAAAAAACACAUACACAUCUUAAAUAAGAAAAAAAAAACAAACAAAAGCCAUUUAAAAAUGAAAGCCACAAAAUUUCCUUGAUACAUUUUUUUGACGAUUUGAGAUGAAAUACUGAUAGAUUAUAUUAAUUUCUUAUUUUACCUUAAAAGUAAAAAAAAAGAAAAAAAGAAAAAUUUUGAAGUUUAAAAAUGGAAUCACAAUUUGAGGGAAUGAAAAAAUAUAUUUAAAAUUUUUGUCACUAAAAAACAAACCUUGAAAAAAAAAACUAAAUGCAAAGGGGAAAAUUAUAAAGAAAUAAACUUUUAAUUUUAUGAAUUUAUAUAUACACACUAAAGAAGAAAUAUACAAAAAAAAAAACGUGAAAAGCUAUACAAAAAAAAAUCUUUAAAAAUAUAUGAUAUAAAAAAAUCUUGAUAAAAAACAAAAUUCUAAUUAAUUGACCAAAAUACAUAAAACAGAAAUAAAUUUAAAAAGAAAAAAAACAAGAAAUAAUAAAUAAAAAAAUGAAUUACCUUACAAUAAAAGUAAUUAUUAAAAAAAAGAAAGGAGUAAAAAAAAGUGCGUAAUGAAAUUUAAAGUAAUUUACUCAAGAAAUUGUUUGUGAAUUAUUUUUAUGAUUUUAUUUUUAAUUAUUGAAAUAAAAAUCAUAAAAGGGGAUAAAAAUGAAAACGGGUGGGAAAUGUGAAACAUGAAGAUAUAAGGAUACCAAACAAAAAAAAUGAAAAAUAAAAGAAAGAAACCCUGCAACAUUAUGCGAUACAUUGAAACUGAAUUUAUGCGUUUAAAAUAAAAUGAAGAAAGAAGGAAAAAAAAGUAACUGAAGAAACAUUGAAGAUAAGAGAAGCAGUAAAUGAAGUAAAAAAAAGGAGAAACAUUAAAUGCUACGCAUGAAAUUAUAAGAACUCAAGCAUUGCAUCGUAAUAAAAAGAAAAGAAAAAAAAAGAUUAAAGAAAAUGAUAAAAAAAAACAAAGAAGAAAAAAAUGAAACAUUUAAGAUGAUAAAAACUUACAAAGAACAAAUAAAGUACUGUGGAAUAUUUAUAAAAAA